AUGGACUCUACGAAUUUUGUUGAUCUGUUGAACAGUCAACAAGACAGUGUCAUGCCUGAACUCUUUCCUAAUGUGAGUUUUUCACUCGAUGGGAAUCUCAGAUCAUCACAACCCCCUCUCUUCAGUACUCAAGCAACUGCAACGUCAAGCUUCUGUGAAGACUCACCUCCACAACGCAAAGGAAGAAAGAAAUGGAGUCCCUCAGAUGAUCUAAGCAAUGAGCAGAAAGCUCCUGGUGUUAGCGCAUGGUUAAACACCAGCAAAGAUGCUGUUGUAAGCAAUGAGCAGAAAGCUCCUGCUUUCUGGAAACGCAUUGCAGAUUAUUAUGCAGCAAGUCCAAAGGUGGAAAGAGGUGAUAAACCAGAGGCUCUUCAGUGUAAGCAAAGGUGGCAGAAGAUGAACGAUCUUGUUUGCAAAUUCUGUGGAUCCUAUGCGGCUGCAACAAGAUAG